CGGCCGCGACGAGCACUCUGGGAAAUGUAGUUUAUCUUGGCGUCCCCUGCUCCUCUGGCUCCGGACCGAGGACUACAACUCCCAGGAUGCCUCGAGGCUCACUUUUCUUCCGAGGGCCGCGCAACUGAGAGAUUGGCGUCCGCUGGGCUCCCGACGAGAGAGCAGGGCGAGCUGGGCUCGAGUGGGGUCCUGACCAGCGGCUAUGGCUGGGACAGGCCCCAGCGGCUGCGCCUCUGCGGGGAACGGCGCGUAACCCGGGGGAUUUCAGGGGCUGGGAGGAGAGACCGGCAACACCAGAGAUGACCCCCUCCGACUCCUUUCUUCCAAGGCAUGGGAAGGGAGGAUGAGCCUGAUGUGGGCAGAAUUCAAAUGAGCUGGACAGCACUGUGAACAAGCUACAAGCAGCUCCCAGAGUCUUGAGAUGGCACCAAAAACCAAAAAGGGAUUGAAAGGCUCCAUUGAUGAUGUCCUCGGUGACCUCUUGGGGGAUGAGAUGAUACUACCCGAGGAGCCUGUGAAACUAGCUUCCCGAGCCCGAGAUGCCAUGGCUGUAACCCAGGCGCUCCCUUCUUCAAGGGCUAGAACAAAGUUCCUCCUGGAAGACUGUGCCUUCAGCACCACAGCAGGCCUGACAGGACCUGAUGCUGAGAUUUCAGACAUCUCAGACGCAGACCCGCAGGCUCUCCUCCAGACCAUGAAGGAUCUGGACGACAUGGAUGCCGAUCUCUUGGGUCUGAAGAAGUCCGAUCUGGCCUCCAGCAAAAGAGCUGCAAAGGGCUCUGGGAAAGAAGAGUUGCCUAGUCAUCCUAAAUCUGCCGGGGACACCAUUCCUGCCAAGAAGUCCCCUCCCUCUCCCAGCAACUUUGGGCAUCAGUACAGGAAGUUUUCCUUCGAAGACUUGGAAGACCCAUUGGCGGGACUUCUCUCCGAUGAUGAGGAAGGAACCACCAAGAAGCCACCCAGGACAGAGAGUAAACUGGCUUCCGAAAAGGGCACAGCCCCAGUCAGAGAUCAAGGUCCUUCUAUUCCUCUAACUCCUGGGGACACCCCGGUCCGAAAGAAAGAAGAAGUGCUAUUUGAUGAGGAGGAUGACAUCAUGGCCACCCUGGGCUUUGCAGACAGCCCCACAGCAGAAAGGAGGCAGAUGGGAGACCAGGAAGGGCCCCGUCCUGCUCGCUCCAGACUGGAUGAGCUGCUGGGUCGGGGGACUGCCACCAAACUCCUGGCUCGCCCGGGCACUGGGGAAUACAGGGAGUUCAAGCUGGACAAGAAGUUCCAGAGGCCACAGGACAAAGAAGAUCCCUGGGGUGAUGAGGACUUCACCUUUGGGGCCUAUCAGCCCACUGUGGGCUCCUGCGAGGGCCGGCAGUCCCACCGGCAGUCGGUCAGUAGGUUCUCAGCAGAAGGUGGCACAGAUCCCAAGGGAGAACCAGCCUCCAAAAGGAGCACCCCAGUGGCCACCAGCCCCACCCACCCCAGGAAGGGAGGAGCUGACUGGCUGGGCCUGAAGGACGAGGACCUAUUCUCUCCCUCUCCCACCAGAGAGGCUCAGAGGGGAGGGGAGGCGCUCUCCACUCCUUCCGCGCCCCCUCCCAGGAGCCAGCACUCUGCCCCAGCUGGACUGCCCACCUCCUCUCCGGGGGCCAAGCCAGCUCCAGAGGGUGCAGGUUUCCCUGCCAAAGCCGGCCAGCCUUCACAGCUGGGAGCAUCUAAGGAGAAAGAGGAAGAGGACUGGCUGAGCUAUGCCUUGUGUCGGAAGAAGUCCCGAGGUCUGGCCCGAGAGGAGCACACCGAGGCCUCCAGAGGCCAGAACUUGGUGGGGGCAGCGGGCAGUCCCCCUUCCAGCAGCCAGCGUGUUGCCAGCACUCAAGGGGUCAAGCAAGCGACUGCUGGAGGGUCCUCAGGAACAGCGGCACAUAAGCCACCGGCAGGACCCACCACCUCAGGGUCCCCCGUGACUUGGAACCAGGCUGCCUUGGCCCUCCGUGUCGGUGACCCCCAGAGGGGAACAGCCCGUGGAGACCUCUCCAGCGCCGAGCCUGCAGCCUGCUUCCCCAGCUCCCAGGAGACCACAGGGCCUUCUGUGCCUGUCCAGUCCCUGUUGCCAGAGUCCCUGGCACGGAGCCUGGUACCGGGCACAGAAUACCAGAGGCAGCUCCUGGCUGCACAGGUGCAGCUGCAGAGUGGCACUGCCGAGCUCCAGGCUGACUUUCUGCAGAGUCAGGCCCGACUGGCAGAGCUGGAGGCCCAGGUGCGGAAGCUGGAGCUGGAGCGGACCCAGCACCAGCUGCUGUUGGAGAGCUUGCAGCAGCGACACCAGGCAGACCUGGAGCUCCUCGAGAGUGCUCACAGAAGCCAUGUAAAGAUGCUAGAAACAUCGUACCAGCAACGGGAAGAGCGGCUGCGGAGGGAACAUGAGGAGCUGUCGGCCCGGUAUCUGUCGCAGUGCCAGGAAGCCGAGCAGGCCCGGGCCGAGCUUACGGCCCAGCACCAGCAGCGUUUGGCGGCCGCCGCACAAGAGAAGGACCAGGAGAUGGAGCGGCUCCGGGAGCUGCAGCGGGCCUCCAUCCUGGAGAUGCGCAAGGACCACGAGGAGCAGCUGCAGCGGCUGAAGCUGCUGAAGGACCGGGAGAUUGACGCCGUCACCAGCGCCACCUCCCACACGCGGUCCCUGAAUGGCGUCAUCGAGCAGAUGGAGAAGUUCUCCAGCAGCCUGCACGAGCUGUCCUCUCGCGUGGAGGCCUCGCACCUCAGCACGGCCCAGGAGCGGGAGCUGGGGCUCCGGCAGCGUGACGAGCAGCUCCGAGCGCUGCAGGAGAGACUGGGCCGGCAGCAGCGGGACAUGGAGGAAGAGCGGAGCCGGCUCCAGGAGGUCAUGGGGAAGACGGAGGCGCGCCUGACGGAGCAGAGCCGGCUGCUGGAGCAGGAGCGAUGGCGGGUGAAUGCCGAGCAGUGCAAAGCUGAGUCCACGCAGCGCGCUCUAGAGGAGCAGAGGAAGGUCAUGGUCCAGCAGAUCGCCAUGGAGCGGGAGGAGCUGGAGAAGGCCAAGAGCGCCUUGCUGGAGGAGCAGAAGUCCGUCAUGCACAGGUGUGGGGAGGAGCGGCGGCGCCUAGCGGCCGAGUGGGCCGACUUCUUCGCGCAGCAGAAGCUGAGUAAGGAGCGGGCCGAGCGUGAGGCAGAGAGGGCGCUGCAGGUGGACACCCAGCGGGAGGGCACCCUCAUCAGCCUGGCCAAGGAGCAAGCCGAGCUGAAGAUCAGAGCCGGUGAGCUCCGAGCCAAGGAGGAGCAGCUGGCGGCUGAGAGGGAGGCCCUGGAGCGGGAGCGGCAGGAGCUGCGGCUGGAGAAGGAGAGGGUCAGCGCCGCUGCCCUGCGCACCAGGCUCCGCGCCGGGGAGGUGGAGAGCAUGAGCCAGGUAGCCUCGGAGAAGUUUGAGGAGGGGCAGCGGGCGCUGCGUGAGGCCCGGCAGGUGCAGCAGGAGCAGCAGGCGCGGCUGCAGCUGGUGCAGCGACAGCAGGAGCGGCUGCGGCAGCAGGAGCGGCACGUGCACGAGGAGCACCUGAGUCUAGCCCAGCAGAGGCUGCGGCUGGACCGCAUCCGCCAGGACCUGCCCUCCGGCCCCGCGGCGCUGUUCCCUGGGACCCAGUGCCCGGCAGCGUCCUGCCUGAGCGCCACUGUGGCUCCUGCCCCCACCCCCCUCGGGUGCAGCCGGCCACCCGCCGGCCUGGGCCCCUCGCACCUCCACGCCAGGCUCAUGCUGCUGAAACACACAGCUGAGCAGGACCGUGACUUCUUGGAGAAUGAACAGCUCUUCCUGGAGACCCUGAAGAAAGCCUCCUACAAUAUGACAUCCCAUUCAGCCUGAAGGCUCCGCUGUCUCCUCAGCAAGGCCUCCAACCCUGGAAGUCUCUCCCACCGCCCCACCGGCUGCCAGCUCUGAGGAGUGGGUGCCCGGGGCCUGAUUACAGCUCUUCCCGGGAACAGGGUGCAAGUGCGUUCUCUCUGAGCCCUCCAGCCCAUGCCUGGAGCCUCUAGGGCUUGAGGGGCAACGGCCUCUGGGAGGUGUGGGGCUGACAGCAGCCCUAUGACACCACACCGCCAGCCACUGGUUCUCCACCCCCGACCUGCAGCUCGGAUCCGAGGCUCUGACUGGGCCUUGUGGACCUCUCCCUGCCUCAGCAGGCAGGAUACUUUCACCUGGGCGUCUUCUUGAAUGACUCCACAAGCAGCCUCCUGCCCCCUCCGAGAGGUCAGCAGAGCCUGCACGGGCUCUCCUCCCAAACUGGGACACGGGGUCAGAACGCACGUUCUGAAGGGCCUUCUACCCUCCUGGCAAGGAGGCGGGCGGUAUUGUGGGGACAGGGAGGGUGUCGCCACCCAGGUCUUGCCUCUCAGUAUGACAGGCUCUCAGCCUCAGCCUCAUUCCCAGCUGCCUGGGGAGCUGACCAGCCUUGCGCAGACACUGGCCUGUCGGCUUCUUCUGAUAGGGCUUCCCAGAGGCAGGACCCAGGUGACGGUGGGGUGGGGUGGGGUGUGGGGAGGGAACAGUAGAGAGGCUUCUCUGUCCUGUUCACCUGCUAUGAAGUCACAGCAGAUGGGAAAGAAGAAAGGGAGCGAGGGUCCCUGCCCUGGGAGGGUAGAGAGCACUGGGGAGCUGUGCAGGCCCGGACCGGACCCAAGCUGCCCCCCGGGGAGGGUGCCUUGGCACAUUUCCCUGCAGGGGCCUCAGGAGAGGGGCGGAGGCUUGGUAGUUGUCCCAGCAAACCUGAGGAUGGAGGGACUCUACUGACAUGACCACAGUUAUCCUGAAGUGGCUUCCAUCGGCCAGUGACUGGUUACCUUCCAUUAGAGGACAAAGGGCAGAGGAGGACGAGGCAGAGCGGGUACGAGCAGGCGCGUACGAGCUUUCAGAAGGAUCUUCUUCAUGUACCAACAAUUUACAGCCUUCAUCUUGGACCCAUUAAAUUGCUAUAUUCUUAAUGACA